AUGGAGAAAAGAAGAAACCAAACACCCAUCACCGAAUUCGUCCUCUUGGGGUUUGGGAACGGCCCAGAACUGCAGCCCCUCCUCUUCCCGCUGUUUCUGAUGAUCUACUUUGCCACCGUGGCUGGGAAUAUUCUUAUUGUUCUGCUAGUGGCGGUUGAUCGGCACCUUCACACCCCCAUGUACUACCUCCUGGGCAACUUGUCCUGCUUGGAGACCUGCUAUGCAUCAACUAUCCUGCCCAGGCUGCUGGCCAGUCUCCUGACUCGGGACAGGACCAUCUCUGUUAAGGGCUGCCUGGUGCAACUAUGUAUCUUUGGUAACAUUGCAGCGAUAGAAAAUCUGCUGCUCACGGCCAUGUCGUACGACCGGUGUCCUGUAGGACAGUCCUACCUUUGCAUCAUCACCACCAUCCUGAGAAUCCCUUCCACUAAAGAGAGGCAAAAAGCCUUUUCCACCUGCUCCUCCCACCUCAUCAUGGUGAUAAUUGUCUAUGUGACUCUCAUUGCUGUCUAUGUGGCUCCAACAACCAACACUCCCAAGGUCCUACAUAAAAUCUUCUCUGUCUUCUACUCAGUCCUGACUCCCCUGAUCAAUCCCAUCAUCUACAGCCUGAGAAACAAGGAGGUCAAAGAGUCGCUGAGAAAAGCUCUUCUGAAACUGGCUGCUGUCAGAAACAGGCACAGAAGGUGA